AGUAACCCUUUAAACACACAAGGAUGACAUCCGAUUACGGUGCUCUGUUCGGGGAGGAGUGUGCACAUAGGGUGCAGUGCAGCCUCCCAGCUCCCAUGUCUGGGCCUGAGUCACAUGAGCCGCUGCAGCUGACCGGAUACCUGCCUGAACAGUAGCAGGGAGGGAGGGGGGUGCUGUCGAUACAGAGGGUACGACGUUUGGUGGGAAACACCUUAGCUCUGCGUUUUGCCUGCCAUGCUGAUCACAUGGUGGUAUUUUUACCUUGCAGCCCGGAGCUUCGCCGAUCAAACGCUGAAAAUGGCAUCAAUCCUGCAGAAGUUGAUCACUCCUCUGUUCAGCGGUCCUCCUGAACCUCCGAGGAAUAAAGUGACAGUCGUGGGUGUGGGUCAGGUCGGCAUGGCCUGUGCAGUCAGCAUCCUGCUCAAGGAGCUGGCUGAUGAGCUGGCCCUGGUGGAUGUGGUGGAGGAUAAGCUGAAAGGGGAGAUGAUGGACCUGCAGCACGGAAGUCUCUUCCUGAAAACCCCCAAAAUAGUAGCAAGCAAAGACUACUCGGUCACCGCGAACUCCCGGAUUGUGGUGGUGACCGCUGGAGUCCGUCAGCAGGAAGGGGAGAGCCGGCUGAACCUCGUUCAGAGAAACGUCAAUAUCUUCAAACACAUUGUUCCCCAGAUUGUCAGAUACAGCCCCGACUGCACCAUUAUUGUCGUUUCCAAUCCAGUUGACGUUUUGACCUAUGUGACCUGGAAACUGAGCGGCCUUCCCAAGCACCGCGUCAUUGGAAGCGGCACCAACCUAGACUCCGCCCGCUUCCGCUUUCUGAUGGCCGACAAGCUUGGGAUCCACGCCAGCAGCUUCAAUGGGUGGAUCCUAGGAGAGCAUGGGGACACCAGUGUGCCUGUGUGGAGUGGAACAAAUGUGGCUGGAGUCAACCUGCAGACAUUAAAUCCAGAAAUUGGCACCGACUGUGACAAAGAGAACUGGCAAGAGACCCACAAGAUGGUGGUGAACAGUGCCUACGAGGUGAUCCGGCUGAAGGGUUACACCAACUGGGCCAUCGGUCUGAGCGUGGCUGACCUGACGGAGAGCCUGAUGAAGAACUUGAACAGGAUCCAUCCCGUCUCCACCAUGGUGAAGGGCAUGUAUGGGAUCAGCGAGGAGGUCUACCUGAGUCUACCUUGCGUCCUGAAUGGAGGGGGCGUGGCCAGUGUGAUCAACAUGACCCUAACGGAUGAGGAGGUAGCCCAGCUGCAGGCCAGUGCAAACACUCUGUGGGACAUCCAAAAAGACCUGCGGGACAUCUAGCUGACCACCAGAGGGAAACUUCUUCUCCUUUUUCUCUUUCUUCAGCACCACCACAAAGCAACCACCAAACAGCUGCUAACCCCUCCCUCCUGUAGAUUGAUGAUUUGGGGAUUUUAAUCCCAUCAUGGUUUUAGGCAAAGACAUCCGUUUGCUGCUGUUUUCUGGAUUAAACUGCCCUAAAUGACAGGAAAUGGGUGAUGUGCUCUCACUCAUUUUUAAUCACUUGUGUUCAGCUCUGCAAAAGUUAAGCAAAAACGUCACAAUAAAAGACAAUUUAAACACA